UCCGCGAUGGCCACCCCGCCCAAGAGGCUGUGCGCGUCCCCCGCCGCGGGCUCGGAGGGGCCGCGCGUCAAGAAGGUCUCGGUGGAGGGGAACAUCGCUGCAGGGAAGUCAACAUUUGUGAAUAUCCUUAAACAGGUGUGUGAAGACUGGGAAGUGGUUCCUGAACCUGUUGCCAGAUGGUGCAAUGUUCAGAAUACUCAAGAUGAAUUUGAGGAAUUGACAACAUCUCAGAAAAGUGGUGGGAAUGUUCUUCAAAUGAUGUAUGAAAAACCUGAACGAUGGUCUUUUACCUUCCAAUCUUACGCUUGUCUCAGUCGGAUCCGAGCCCAGCUUGCUGCCCUCAAUGGCAAGCUCAAAGACGCCGAGAAACCUGUACUGUUUUUUGAAAGAUCUGUGUACAGUGACCGGUAUAUCUUUGCAUCUAACCUGUAUGACUCUGAAUGCAUGAAUGAGACAGAGUGGACCAUCUACCAAGACUGGCAUGACUGGAUGAACAGCCAGUUUGGCUACAGCCUUGAGUUGGAUGGAAUCAUUUAUCUUCGAGCCACUCCAGAGAAAUGCUUAAAUAGGAUAUAUUUACGAGGACGAAGUGAGGAGCAAGGCAUUCCUCUCGAGUACCUAGAGAAGCUUCAUUAUAAACACGAAAGCUGGCUCCUGCACAGAACCCUGAAAACCAACUUUGAUUAUCUCCAGGAGGUGCCUGUCCUAACACUAGAUGUUAAUGAAGACUUUAAAGACAAACAUGACAGUCUGGUUGAAAAGGUCAAAGAAUUUUUGAGUACUUUGUGAUGUUACUGAAGACUACAGGCAACCAAGUGUUCCCAGAUAUUCCGCUGGAGCUACAGGCAACUAAGUGGUUCCAGUCACUUCAGUUUUGUAUGUCUUCACAGUUCAGUUUUCAUACAAGAGUCUUUAUAAAUUCAAGCUAUUAACUAUUAACCACUUUUGUUUCAAGGGAAAAAAAAUUUUGUUUGUUGUUUUAGAUGAAUUCUAUGUAAAGCUUUGAUUCCCUUCUUUUCUUUUCCUUUUUUUGGGGGGGGGGGGCGCGGGGUUUUCAGGGUAGGGUGUUUCUCUAGCUCAGGCUGACCUGGAAUUCACUAUGUAGUCUCAGGGUGGCCUUGAACUCAUGGUGACCCUCCUACUUCUGCCGGGAUUAAAGAUGUGUGCCACCAUGCACAGCUUCCUGACUUUAAAAAAACAGACAUUUAGUAAAUAAACCAGUUUAACUGGAAACUUUUAUGUUA